AUGCUGGACCACCACGUGUCGUCCUACACGCACCGGAGCGGCGGCGGCGACCAGCCCGCGGCGCCCUCACCCUGCGACCUCGCGGCCUUCGACGACAUCACGGGCAACGGCGGCCACAAGCCAGGCAAGGCCGUCACGGCGUCGGUGUACCGCGCCAAGAUCGCCGGCCACUCGCGCGUCGUGACGGUGUCCUGGUCCCGCGACCUCCUGUCGUACGCGUUCGCCGUGGCCAUCUCCGGGGCCGACGGCGCGUCCGCGGAGUGCAGGGUAGAGCUGCGGCCGUGGCAGUUCUGGCGCCGGGCCGGGUCGCGGCACGUGGAGCUCUGCGGCGGGGCGUCGACGGCCCCAGCGGCCGUGCGCGUGCUGUGGGACCUCCGGCGUGCGCGGUUCGGCCCCGGGGUGCCCGAGCCCCGGUGCGGAUACUUCGUGGCGCUGGAGGCGGCCAGCGAGGUGGUGCUGGUGCAGGGCGACAUGCGGCGCGACGCGCUCCGUCGCGCGGCGCCGUGCACGGCCGCGGAGGCCGAGGCCGUCCCCGUGGCGCGGCGAGAACACGUGUUCGGCAGGCGGCGGUUCGUGGCCAAGGCGCGGUUCCACGACCAGGGCGACGUGCACGACAUCGCCAUCGAGUGCGACGGCUGCGGCGAGGGCGGCGACGCCGACGUCGAGAUGACCAUCGCCAUCGACGGCGAGGAGGCCGUGCAGGUGAAGCACCUGCAGUGGAAGUUCCGGGGCAACCAGUCGCUCACCUUCAGCCGGGCCAAGGUGGAGGUGUUCUGGGACGUGCACGACUGGCUCUUCAGCGCCGGCACCAGGCCGGCGCUCUUCAUCUUCCGCCCCAUCGUGCUGUCCAGCGCGUCGGCGCCGGCGGGGAUGGCCGCGGGGAUGCUCGACGUCACGGUGGCAGCCACCACCGGAUUCUGCUUGUACCUCUACGCGUGGAAGCUCGACUAA